AUGUCUUCGCCUAUCAGAUUUCAACCCGAUUACUCCAUAAUUGAAGGAGAAAAAUUGUCCCCUAUUAACUUGCACAAAAUGAACCAAAAUCAUCCCCAUGGAUUAACUGCAAAACAUGAGGCAAGAAGGAAUACGUUCCACCAGGGCACCACUACUCCGAAAAGCAAAAAAGCUCUUGGUCUGUUGUACUCUUCGGCCUUGAAACCGUUGGUGGCUCCGUUAACCUUGCCCAGAGCCGUGGGUGGGGGCGCUGUCGGUGCUGCUGGUGGAGCUACUGGAUCCAGAUCUGCAAAUACCUCCACUGUUGUUGCCCCUGAAGCCUCUGAUUCCACCAUCGAAUCGCUCCGUAGAUCUAAGGUGAACAUCGAUGCCAAGUUGAAGAAAUUGAGAUCAAGCAGGGACAGCAGUCCAUCCAACAACAAGGAAAAUAUAUAUAAGCUAGGCAAACCCCAGAGAAGAAGCGGAAGUCCCUUUGAAUCGUCUCCUGAAAAGGUCAUUGACUCUCCCUUAAACAAAAAGCGAGUACAGUCAGCGGGUAGCGAAGUACCGCACAAGAUUGCUAAAGUUGUUACCAAUGCCAAUGACUUGGAAAGUUCAUUCAAAGAAAUGGAAGGCAUAGCAGUUGAGGAUGAAGAUGAUGAGGAUAUCACUGUGCGCCGUAACUCCCUGGUUAGAGUUGAUGACGUCUUUAACAAAGAAGAUUUGGUAGGACAGUUGUCUAGAACAGGAUCCGUUCCAAGCAGCGCCAAGAAGAGUGGUAGUCAUAAUAGUGGAAAUAGCGACAGUAUCAAGAAUGUUAUCAUUGAUAAUGAUAGCGACAGUGACUUUACGGCACACAACCAUAGCAGUACCAAUCUUAGAUCUGACAAUAUCACCAUUGCUCCUAAAAAGGAUAUAACGCAAAGUGGUAGAAUUAUGCUUAACCUUGACAAGGAAUAUGUUACACCUCAGAGACUCACUGAACCGAUUGCAAAGAGCCCGACAACCAGCCAGCAAAAUAGAAUGUUGGGCGGUGAAGUGGAGAUUGAGAACACAAGCCCGUUGAAGCUCAAGCAAAUUCAGGAUGAUGAAGAUGAUGCUGCUACUGAAAGAGAAAUGAAUGAUGAGCCAUAUCCAGGAGAAGAGAUCAAUAUUAUCGACGACGAUGACGACGAUGAUGCUGUUGACGAAAAUGGCAAUACUGUUCCAGCGGUUGCCGAUGGCGAAGGAGGUAUAAAUGAUGAUUCGACGCUCGGGUUCACAGGAUUGGUCGAUGAGCCCACCAUAAACUUUUUGAUGUCACCAAACUCAAAGCCCGUAUUCUCCAUAGAUCACAUUAAAAAAAUACAGAAUGAAAAUUCGAAGGAAAUUGAUAGCUUAGAAAAUGUUAUAUACCACAAGAAUCAAGAAAUAUUGAAGUUUUCCGAAGAGUUAUCCUCUACGAAUGGAAAAUUUUUAAUUCUUGAUCAAGAGAUUAAGGAAUUAAAACUGGCCAAAAAGAAGUUGAUCGCCAACGAAGAGUUACUCAGAGUUCAAUUAAAGCAUACGGAGAGAGAAUUAGCGAAGGCCACCAAGAAUUUCAAACUCAAAUCAACUUUAGCCACACAGUUGGACGGAAAGUUGAACAAGCUAAAAUCUCAAUUGAGGCUGCAACUGGAGGAAUUUGAAACUUUAAGUCAAGACAACGAUAAGUUGAAAGCAGACUUGGAAGGUAAAAGUAAAGAGCUCAAAUCUGAGAUAAAUGAGAAGUUACACUUACAAAGUCAAUUAACCGAAAGUCAAAAUAUCUUAAACAGCAAUGAAAGAGAGAUUUCAAAGUUGACGGAUAGUAACCUUGAAAAUAACUAUAAGAUUGAUCAACUAUUAAAGGAAAAGGAAGAACUUUUGAUUGAAACAGGAAAUCUCAAGCAAGAAAAUUCAGAAUUGCAAGAGAUAAACCACAAGCAGACGAACUUGGUUGAAGAAUUGGAUAAACUUGAGACAUUAGCUAAGGAUAAGAUUAAUGAUUUACAAGGAAAAGUCGCAGAGGGCAAACAAGAGAUCGAAAGAGUUAGAGUUGAAAAGAAUGAAUUAUUUGAAAAGUCUUUAUCGAUAGAAAGGACGCUUCAGAAAGAUCUUGAACUAAUUCAAGAGAAAUUGAAGAGCAAUGAAUUAGAGAGAGAUCACUUGAGUAGUAAGCUAGAAGAUUCUGAGUCCAGAGUCACAAAGCUCAACACUAAAAUAAAGGAAAUAGAGCAAGACAGGGACCACCUUCAAGUUGAAUUGACAAAUUCCAUGGAUCAAGUAGAAGUUUUGAAGGCAACUAACAAGGAAAAGGAUAACAUAAUUAGUGGUGACACUAAGAAGAUGAGUGAAUUAGUUGAAAAAGUCAACGAACUAAAGCAGAAGGCUGCUGUUUCCAACGAGGUCAAUGACAAAAAGGAAGAAAGCGUUCAAGAAUUGCAAGACUUAAGAGCCCAAGUAUCUAAAUUGAAGGAAGAAUUAGCCCAAGGCGAUGACUACCUUCAAAAGAGAAUUAAGGAUGUCUCAGAUCAAUUGUACCAUGAAUACUCGAAGAAGCACGACGCAAAAGUUAUAGAAGUAAGAAAAUCAGUGGAAAAGAAAUUCAAAAACCUGAUUGAUCAUUUUCAUAUCGAAAACAAGGCUCAACGUAGAGACAUUGAGAGCUUGGAAAAGAAAUUAGAUAUUGUUAAUACUGAAAAGAAUCAAUUAUUAUAUUUGAUCGAAGAGUACAAGGCUGUUGCUGAGCAAGAUACUAGGAAAAGGUCAUCGCCAAGAAGAGCAAGAAGGUAG